UAAUCAGUCAGAAUAUUAUCACGUGUUCAAUAAUGUUGAACUUUCUCAAUGUUCAGAUGCCGCCCCGUAGGGAACCCGAUCACCCGGCUCCUACUCAGGCCACAAUAGUCGCACAGUUCCGCGACUAUCAUGCUGAAAAAUUCUCAGGGCAGGGAGAUCCCCGUAUCGUAGACGAAUGGAUUCAGGGCCUUGAGUUAAUCUUCGAG